UCUGUGGAGAAGUUCAUACAGCAAAGCACAACGCUUGGCGAUCUCUCUUCGCCAGUUUGAGGAGAGGGCCCUGAUUUCCAAGCCAAAAAGACGAAAAACAACCAUAGAGGACGAUCAGUUGGCAGAAUAAUCAAGAGACGUAAAACAAAACAUCGUCAUUAUCAUCGUGUGCGUCCUCGUCGUGUUACCGCUGAUUAUUUUUGUUCGGGAGAAAGUGAGAGGGCAGAGAGAGCUCUUAUUCGAUAUUGAACUAACAAAAGGGGUAACAAGCCUGUUCGCAAGCUAUGCGUGCCUGGUGUGCGCGAACGACCCCAGUUGUAGUAGUCGAAAAAGAGUAUCCUAGAAAACCGGACGACGUGCGCCUGGACGGUGAUAGGUUCGUCUAGGAGAUACUCUAUUCUUCGACAAGGAUUGCCAACAAAUACAUAAAGUUAGACGUGCACUGUUCGUCAGAAUUUUGCAUAGAGAAGUUUUUUUCACGCGGUUAACAGUAACAACAUCGCAGAAUUCUCGCCACUCUUCCUCCUCGCCCCCGUUUUUUACCCCCCUAAUUUCUUCUUCUUAAGACUUGAUAAAACAAAAUCAGAGGAAUAUGCUGGCGAUGUAGUAAUCAAGGAAAUAUUGGGACUCUUUUUUUUUUGUUCUUUCUUUUUUUUUCUGUCUUUUCUGUUUUUCUUCUCGUCCUUCAAUUUGAAUUUUGUACCGUAAAAAUUUACGACCACCGCGUCCCUCUUUGGUUCGAAGUCGUACGUUUUCGUGGUCGUCAAGGGAAAGGGAAUAGCCGGUGGGGAAAUUAACGAGGAACCGCGAUCAGACGACAUCAGCGGGUGACAACAGGUAGACUAAGAGGCAGGAGGCGACCAAAUGGAGUUACAACUUACAAUGGACAACGGCGACUCCGAAGCCUCGAUGUGGCUGCCUGCUUCGCUCACCUAUCAACAGCGAUCACCUGAUAGACCAAACGACUGCAAUCGCGUCAUUGACCAACAACAGGCGCCGCUGGGCUGCCACACGGCGCAAACCGUUGCCUGGCAGGACAGGUCGAAGGCCGCGCCGUCGCAACAGCAGCAGCAACAGCAGCAGCAGGUACUGCAACGCUAUCGCCAGCAAGCGGACUCGCCGCCGUCGAGGUCGAGCACGAGCAGCGCCAGUCAGUCUCCCGAGCACAGGCCUUCGCCGCAACGCCAGCCGCAACCGCCGCCGCUCAAGAGGCGCAAUAACCACGCGCCCGCCUACGAGGCCUUUCGUCAGCAGCUCGACGACCAGCCCGAGCGCAAACUCUCGCGCAGAAACGGAUCAGUAGGAAGCAAUGACUCCCAGGGAUGGUCAUCGCAGGUCGACGAGCUUGCCGAACACCUGGCUGCAGAUUUCGAUGGUUCGUUGUCAGCCCUCGCAGCCUCCGAUCUUGCGACCGCUGUUGCUUCUUAUAAUAUGAGCGAAGCUCUGCUGGCCUUGCCGUCACUCACAAUUUUCAAGCAAGAAGCUCCAUCGCCCGAGAAUCAACAGACCAAUACAAAUCUGAAUCAUGUGGCACAGCAAAAUGUCAGCGUGCCACCAUCAUGUCACGGAAGCAACGUACUUGUUGAGACAGACAGCAACAAUGGUGGCCAGAACCCUGCGAGCUUGCAUCAAUUACUGUACACCUCCAGCGAGGAGUACCCGUCUAAUUCCCAUUCUGGCAAUCACGUCACCUCUUCGCAAGGCCACGAAUUUGGCGACGACUGUCGCUUUCAAUAUGUAUUGGCUGCGGCGACUAGCAUUGCUACCAAGGUAAAUGAAGAAACUUUGACGUAUCUCAAUCAGGGUCAAUCUUAUGAGAUUAAAUUGAAGAAACUCGGAGAUGUAUCAACUUUCCGAGGAAAAUUGUUAAAGUCAACAGUACGCAUUUGUUUCCACGAGCGCCGUCUCCAAUAUACCGAGCGCGAGCAAAUUCUAACAUGGCAACGUGCCAGACCUGGCGAGCGUCUCCUGGAGGUAGAUGUGCCCCUCAGUUAUGGCUUGGUUGAUGUUUGUCAACCCACUUCAUCCAAUAACAGCAUUGAAUUCAUGUGGGAUCCCACUAAAGAAGUCGGCUGUUACAUUAAGGUCAACUGCAUUAGCACGGAAUUCACUCCAAAGAAGCAUGGUGGUGAGAAAGGUGUACCAUUCCGUAUAAAAGUUGAGUCGAGAAUCCCUAGUGGGCCACGGCUUCACGCUGCUUCCUGUCAGGUCAAAGUAUUCAAGCUAAAGGGCGCCGAUCGUAAACAUAAGCAGGAUCGUGACAAAAUACGACGCCAACCACCACAUGACCAGGACAAGUAUCAGCCAAGUUAUGAGUGUACCAUCCUAUCUGAUAUACCUUUGGACUCGUUCUCGCCGUCCAACUCCAUUGGCCAGAAUAUCUGCAGCCCUUAUGCCUCUUCCGACGCUAUCUCACCGGAGAGCCUGACCACGACAAGCAGCAGCUCUUCACCAGUGGCUGUGCCGAUAGUACCUACGUCAGACUUGGUCAAGGAAGACAUUGGACUUGCACCUGCUUUGUCGACGCCUACGGUCAUCUUGUCCGAACAGCAUCGUACUGACAUCAAUAUAUCCACAGAAAACGCGUUACCACCCAACGCAAACGCCACACAAACAAGCAACUGGUUACGAGCACGCGGCUUCCACACCUUCGAGUCGAUAUUCGCAAAUUUCUCCGCCUCGGACAUCUUACGUUUAUCACGCGACGACCUCAUUCAGAUCUGCGGUCUAGCCGACGGCAUACGCUUAUUCAAUGCCGUACACUCGAAAGCCAAACUGUGCCUGUAUUUUGCGGUCGAGGAUCGAUUGUGGCGUGCAGUUUAUCUCGAAAGUUUGACGAGCAAUGUAUUUAUCAGCAAAUUAUUGGGAGCUCUGAAUUUACCUCACGAACGAUUGCACUCGGUCCUAUUGCUCGGACCGCAAGGCAUUCACGUGCUGUUAACGAACGAACUUAUUGCUAACAUGAAGGAUGAAAGUAUGUUUGCCGUCGAGAUUAUUAAAGAUCCAGGUAGCGACCAAUUCAAACUCCUGCUAAAACCAUCAUCAAACUAACCAGAUGCAGCGACCACUGAAAGGCAACAACGUAUUCUCCAAUUACAAAGUUGAUUUGAACUUAUCAUGUUGAUUUUUAUUGUGAAAUGUGAAUUGAAAAAAAAAGAA